AUGAGGAUCUUUAUGUUUUCUGCUUUUCUCACCUGUGCUCUGGCGGAGCUACCUGUAGGGGGUGGAUACCCAGCCGCUCGAUCAAGCCACGAUCAUGACCACAGUCUUAAUAUCCAAGGAGUGCUGCCUCAAGAGUUUGGAUCACCUAUAAUUGGAGCUCGAAACCAAAAAGGAUAUGACUCUGCUGUCUCCAGAUCUCAAAUAUCCUCCUAUAUUCCUGCAUCGAAAUCCUCUGUAUCACAAAAGUACGGCCUCCCAGAAUAUCGAUCAAGUCUGUCCCAAGAAUAUGGCGCUCCAAGUCUAACAUCAAGUCCAUCUCAAGAAUACAGAGUUCCCAGUGCUCGUCUCUCACUACAAUAUAGGCCACCCAAUCAAAUAAAUACUCCUUCUACAGAAUACGGAGCGCCUUCAUACUCAACCGAUUUCAAUACUCCCAACGUACGUAUAUCUCAAGAAUAUGGCGUUCUCGAAUUAAGAGAUUCUGAAAAAUAUGAAACCAUGGGGGACUUUCCUUCAGAUUCCUAUAGAGCACCUCUACAAAGAUCUCCAUCAACUCAGUACGGACAACCUGAAUUGAAAUCAGGCCCUUCCGAAGAAUAUUCUGUAUUUGGACCAAAUAAUCUCUUAUCAUCUCAAAAGUCUGUUUCAUCAUCUCAAAACUAUCCCGGAUUUCGUAGUGUACAAAACGUAAAUACUUUAUCACAUCAGAACUCUGUGCAGUCGAGACAAAACAAGCCAUCAAGUGUUGUUACUAGGAACUUUCAAUCAUCACUUUUAUCACGGAACGAUGGAACUCAAAGUUUUAGCAAUGCUCGUCCUGUUUUCUCUCGCCAUCAAAUACCUUCCACUAGAAAUUCUGACUCCUAUACGCCUAAAACACAGUCAAUUUCCCAAUCCUAUCUUCCCAGCUCCAGAACCGUAUCACAAACAUAUGGAGCACCAAAUGAACGAAGCCUAUCCGCUGAAUUCACAGGACCUUCAGAAGCUAAAACGAAUUUGAAAACUAACACCUUUGCACCAUCUUACGUUGAGAACAGGCCAGAUCCAUCCGCUAAAUACGGCGUACCAUCAGCUAGAGACGCGAUGCCAUCAGAUCAGUACGGAGUUCCUGAACAGUACGACUCACAAUCUAACCAAGGGUACAACUACGCACGGAAUGCUCUUGACGAACUUCUGAACCAAGAACCAGCUAUCUACGACUUCGGGUAUAAAGUGAAUGACAUCGACAGUGGUAGCGACUUCGGUCAUACUGAGUCCAGGCAAGAUAAUAAAGUAGAAGGAACUUAUUUCUUAGUGUUGCCAGAUGGAACUAAACAAGUAAUAGAAUAUGAAGCAGAUGAGCGUGGAUUUAGACCCAGAAUCUCCGUAGAGCCAGCGGAGGUCAGCUCGGGGUCGGGGCAUGAUGACAACGCGUCAGACCUCGACCGUUCUGGGGAUGGACCUUAU